AUGCAGCCCUACGGUCAUGAAAACUUCCCUUCUCCCGACUACACCAGCUCUGAGGCAGCAGGGACAGCCUCUGGUGGCCGCGAGGGCACCUACACCUCGUUUCAGGAUGUUUACCUACCCCUCCCGCCUCUCCCACCCACCGGCAACACCCCAUCGUAUCCUGGCGUCUACGGAUCCAUGUCGCCCGAUACAUCAUCCCUCAAGUCCUUCUCGAACCCUGACGAUGGCUUCGCCAGCUUCGCCAGCUUCGCCAGCUUCGCCAGUUUCUACUACCAUUCGCACUCCGUCAACCCAAGCCCCCUCUCCCACCUGACCCCAUCCCAUGCUGAUGGUAACGUCCAUCUCUCAACGCCUUCCAUGGACCUGCCCCUUUCUCCGCCGCCUCGCCUCCAUUACACCCCCCCGGGCCCUCUGUCCCCAUACAACGUGUCAAGCACCCUAGACAGCGCGCUUGACACGUUCGACAGUGUCUCACUCGACGUGUCGUAUGGUCAAACAGACACCUUGAGCACGUCUGCUACUCUUGGUGGCACCGCGGGCAUGCCAACGUCGGCAGGCGAUGCCAGGAUGGGGGACACGUCACUAUCCUCCGGCGGCGAUGCCAGCAAAGAUCCAUCCAGUGACGAGGAAGAGGAAGAUGCGGGCGAUUCGGACGAGGACGAUGAAGACCGCGCCCCUACCGGUGCAGCAAAGGUCCGCAGCCUCCUCGACACCCGUCCCUUUACCCUCGUCGCUGAGGAUGAAGACGCUGUCGAGCGCUCGAGGGAGUGGCCGGGUAGGAACCCGGAUCGCACGGAUAUCCAGCCCUCUCGCCCCAGCAUUCCUCUCACCGCUGCUCAAAAAGAAACCCGCAAGGCGCAGAAGGGGGAGAAGGCCCUCCACCACGAGCUCGUCCUCGCGCGCAUCCAAGAGCUCAUCACCAUGCAGGAGACUGAAGUUCGGAAGGCGGCUUCGGAUCUCAACGAGAAGCCCGACAAGAUCAAGAAGCUCCUCAUUGCCAACACCCACUACAAGAAGACGCGGAAGGUGACGCUGCCGAACGCCAUCACGCAUUACAUGUCCACGCAGGCCAACGGAGACCGUGCGAUCGGCGAGAAGGCUCUACUCGACGAUCUCAGAACCCUCGCCGCCCACGAUCCCAACCUUCAGAACCUGACAGACGAACAAAAGGAGGAGCUGAAGACCAACCUCGGGGACCAUCGUUCUCUGAAGCUCGUCGGCAUGCGUGGCGCCAACAAGCUGGCGGCUCAGGACGUGAGCUCGACAACGUUCCAUAUGAGGGAUGUCGCCGAUAACCUCGCUCUUCGUACAGGUGCGCACGUCAUCUUCAUGGUCACGCGCGGCCAUGUCAAUGACACAUUCCCUACGACUCUUUACGGCAGCGACAACACGCUUCGAUUCUUCCAUGAAUCUCUCGGCCGGCCAGCAGGCGACGUCAGCAAGUUGUUCGAGUUAUGGGGGGCCGCGAACGAGCAGAACACCGCCGAGCGCGACGACUUCAACAUCGUCCGUGGGCAGUGCAAUGACCUCAUCCUCAUUGGUCUACGAAACAUCACCCAUAUGUCUGGCAUCACCAUGGAGUGGAAGUACUACGACACGCUCAUCGUCAGGGAUCGGCACGUUAAGCUCAUCGGCAGGCCCGAGGAUGAGAUCCCCUUCGGCAACCUCUCAUGCGUUCUCAAGAAUGGCGACGACGCCAAGAAGCUGCGCACCGAGCUCCGGGCUAACCGAUGCAGAUGGAUCAACAUCACCGCCGCGCAGGCCGCCGAGCACAUGAAGAAGGUCGCGGAACGGACCGCCUCGGGAACGGGCGGGAAGGUUCGGAAGCAGCGAUCUGAUGCAGGUAAGAAGCGGGGCCCUUACGCCCGCGCCGAGCGCCCGCCCACUGCCACCAAGAAGACGACAACGCGUUCUCGUGCGCCAAAGACCCCUGCCGUCAUCGAUGAUUCCGACGAGGAGAACGUGGACGUCGCAUAA